CCAAAAUAUAGAUUGCCCAAUUCAGCAUUUCAUCACCUAGAAAAUACUAUUUUGUACCCAAGUGCUAGUAGACUAUUUAGCUCCACUAAUACAAGGAACUAUGAAACACCAACUUAUCCCGCCUCAAAAUAUGACACAAAUGCAAUCCAAUCAUAUCUUGAAUGUGGAAUCAAAUGCAGAUUCUUCCAUAAACCUAGAAUGGGUCCUCAGUCAGCCUCGAAUGUGAAAAUGAACGUGAAUUAUUCCAACCUUGAAGUAUGA